UGCAGCAGUCGCCGCGGUAGCAUCGUGCGCUCCGCCCCCGGCAGCAUGCCCGGCCGCCCAGCCUGAGCGAGCAUCACCGCCGCCGCCGCUGCUCCGAAUCCCGACUCCCCACCCCCCCCUCUAUCUCGGCCAUGGAAGGGGGAGCCGGCUCGGGCCCCAACCCCGGGGGCCAGGAAUCCCCGAACCGAGCCGUGGAGUACCUGCUGGAGCUCAACAACAUCAUCGAGAGCCAGCAGAAGCUCCUGGAGACCCAGCGCCGCCGCAUCGAGGAGCUGGAGGUCCAGCUGGACCGGGUCAGCCAGGAGAACCGGGAGCUCAGGGAGAACCAGAGCACCCCCAGCAGCCGGGGGGACCGGGAGCAGCACCGGCAGGACUACCGGGAGGCGUGCGGGGGGUACGGCAACCACCAUCACCCUCAGCCACCGCAGCACCACCACCACCACUCCCAGCCACCGCAGCAGCAGCAGCAGCAGCACCAUCACCACUCCCAGCCACCGCAGCAGGGGGGUUACCCCGGCCAGGCGUACUCCACCCCACCCCACCACCACCACCGGGCACGGGAUACCCGGGGGAACCGCGGGGCUUCCCGCAGCUCCAGCCCCGGGGCUGGCGGGGGACACAGCACCAGCAACAGCCCGGCCACCACCCUGCAGAGGAAGUCGGAUGGGGAGAACUCCAGGACAGUGAGUGUUGAAGGUGGUGACUCCUUGGGCAGUGAAUCUGGAACCAUUGUGGACAGCCCUGGCCAGCAACCUCCUUAUCGUGGAGAGGUGAAGAGUGAUCACUACGAUCUUCCAUCCCCAACUCGCCAACCAGCACAUCCAGGACUCCAGUGGAGUCAAAGGGCCAGGCUACAGCCUGCUAGCGUUGCCCUGCGCAAGCAGGAAGAGGAAGAAAAUAAGCGGUCAAAAGCCUUGUCUGACAGCUAUGAACUCUCAACUGACCUGCAGGACAAGAAGGUGGAAAUGCUGGAGAGAAAGUAUGGAGGUUACUUCCUCAGCCGAAGAGCAGCUCGCACCAUCCAGACCGCUUUCAGGCAGUAUCGCAUGAAUAAGAACUUUGAACGCCUACGUAGUUCUGCUUCCGAGAGCCGCAUGUCUCGGCGAAUCAUCCUGUCCAACAUGCGCAUGCAGUACUCCUUUGAGGAAUACGAUAAGAGCCACAAUGCCCCAUAUUUCCAAGGCAAGCCAGUAUCGCUGGAUGAGGGAGUCUCAUCAUGCCGUGAUCCGGGAGAUCGGGGUCUUCUGUAUGGAAGUUCGUGCGGUGGCAUCGAUGGAGAUUCUAUCAACACUUCUGGGGAGUUUGUCAACGAGAUAACCGACCUGGAGGAUUCCUUUUCAAAACAGGUAAAGUCUUUGGCUGAGUCAAUAGAUGAUGCCCUAAGCUGCAGGUCCAUGCACUGCUCAGACGCAAGAGACGAUAAGGGACCCUUGGAAAAAGGAGAGAGCAAAGAGCAGCAUGGAGACAGCACUGCUACUUCCUUCAGUGAUGUCACACUUUACAUGGAUGAGGGUGUCCCAGUGUCACCGCUAUCUCUUGAUCGGCCCCCAAGCUCAGACCAGGAGACUCCCCAAGGAACCAGCUCUCGUCAGGAGUAUUGGGCAACCUCUUCUUCGAGAGAGGAUAGUCGAGAAAAUGGCAGUAGGCGCAGCACGCCUUGUAUGGAGUGCCGAGACUUUCGCAUGAGAGGGGCACACCUUCCCCUGCUGACAAUUGAACCCCCCAGUGACAGUUCUGUUGAUCUGAGUGACCGGUCGGACCGAGGGUCACUGAACAGGCAGGUUGUAUAUGAGCAGGAGAACUGCAGCCCACAUGGGACUAUCAAGCAAGCACCUCAUAAAGGACCAGCUCGCUCACCACAUCCACACCGCCAUUACCACCCAGAACCUCCCCCUCCUCCAUCAGACCCUGGGGGUGGGAACAAUGGCACAGCAGUUGGAAUGGGAGUUGGAGGAGGCAUGGUGGGUGUGCGACACCUACACCAUGGAAAGCCAGAGCUUGGGGAUAACUCUGAUGGGGAUAACGAAAGUCUUAAUAGCACCACAAACUCCAAUGAGACCAUAAAUUGCAGCUCAGGCUCUUCGUCCCGUGACAGCUUGCGGGAACCUCCCAACACACUCUGCAAGCAGACUUAUCAGAGAGAGACUAGGCAUAGCUGGGACUCACCUGCAUUUAACAAUGACGUGGUGCAAAGGAGACAGUACCGUAUUGGCCUCAACCUUUUCAACAAGAAACCAGAGAAAGGGAUCCAGUACUUGAUUGAGAGGGGCUUCCUAUCAGAUACACCUGUUGGAGUGGCACAUUUCACCCUGGAGAGGAAAGGCUUGAGUCGGCAGAUGAUCGGCGAGUUCCUGGGAAACCGUCAGAAACAAUUCAACCGUGAUGUGCUUGACUGUGUGGUGGAUGAAAUGGACUUCUCAAACAUGGAUAUAGAUGAUGCUCUGCGUAAGUUCCAGGCGCACAUACGUGUUCAGGGAGAGGCGCAGAAAGUGGAGAGGCUCAUUGAAGCCUUCAGCCAGCGGUAUUGUGUGUGUAAUCCAGCUGUGGUUCGACAGUUCCGUAACCCGGACACCAUCUUCAUAUUGGCAUUUGCCAUCAUCCUGCUAAAUACAGACAUGUACAGCCCAAGCGUCAAACCAGAACGCAAAAUGAAGCUAGAGGAUUUUAUAAAAAAUCUGCGAGGGGUGGAUAAUGGAGAGGACAUCCCCAGGGAUCUCCUUGUUGGGAUAUACCAAAGGAUCCAGUCUCGAGAACUCAGAACAAAUGAUGACCAUGUGUCUCAGGUUCAAGCGGUGGAGAGGAUGAUUGUGGGAAAGAAACCGGUUCUGUCGCUUCCACAUCGACGCCUUGUUUGCUGCUGCCAGCUCUACGAGGUCCCUGACCCAAAUCGCCCACAGAGGAUGGGUCUACACCAGCGGGAGGUUUUCCUCUUCAAUGACUUGCUAGUGGUGACAAAGAUUUUUCAGAAAAAGAAAAUCCUAGUGACCUAUAGCUUCCGGCAGUCCUUCCCACUGGUGGAUAUGCAAAUGCAGCUCUUCCAAAACUCAUAUUACCAAUAUGGCAUUAAGCUCCUCUCAGCUGCUCCAGGUGGAGAGCGAAAAGUGCUGAUCAUUUUCAACGCCCCAAGUUUGCAGGACCGACUCAGGUUUACUAGUGACCUGCGGGAAUCCAUUGCAGAGGUUCAGGAGAUGGAGAAGUACAGAGUGGAGUCGGAACUGGAGAAGCAGAAAGGUGUAAUGCGUCCCAACACCUCCCCCGGGCCAGGGAUGAAGGAAGCGGUGAAUGGGACCCUAGGCAGGCCCAGCUUAGAUGACACGUAUGCUUUAGGAGAAGGUUUGAAGAGAAGUGCCCUAAGCAGCUCCCUGAGGGACCUUUCCGAUGUUGGUAAGAGAGGGCGUCGUAACAGCGCUGGAUCUCUGGACAGCACUAUCGAAGGGUCUAUCAUUAGCAGUCCACGUCCUCACCAACGGCUUCCAGCUCCUCCCCCUCCACCUCCUGAGGAGUAUAAGACAUCGAGACCAGUCUCCAACUCUUCUUCUUUCCUCGGUUCGCUGUUUGGAAGCAAGAGAGGAAAAGGCAACUUCCAGAACAUGCCACCAGCCUCCCUGCCUCCUCACCCACAUACUCCACCUGCAAUGUCUGAUGGGCAGUCCAAAAUCCAGGCACUGCAUGCCCAGUACUGCCAUAGUCAGGGGGUGCUUGCACAGGCUCCGCCACCGUACCAUACUCAGCCCCCAUCUUCUGCACCACCUCAACAGCAGCACCAGCCUCCUCUUCCGCCUUCUCAUCGCUACCAUGUGCCACCCUCGUCUGCACAGUUCACACUUCAGCGUGCCGGCCAACAGAAGAGACCACCAGCAGGGGGGCCACCAUUGACCCCAAGCUCUCCUCAUCCACAAUAUACCUUGCAUGGCAGACAUGCCUCCAACCAGCCCCAGUCUCCCUUACCCAUGUAUGGUUCUGUUCCUCAGCAUGCCAUGACUCAUACUUACCCACAACACAUGCACCAGGCCCAGCACUCCAUGCAGAAACAACCCCCAAAGCACUUUGUAUUCAGCCAUCACCCAUCUGCCAUGCCUCCCCAGCCACAGCGCCCACCACAGUCUCAAUAUAAUCAACAACAUCCCAGCCAAUCCCCUUGUUCUCCUAUUUCUCCAAUCCCUCCCCACCCAUCCUAUCCACCUCUUCCCCCUCCUUCUCCACAUACACCACACACUCCUCUUACUCCACAUUCCCCUCUCCCUCCAACAUCUCCCUUACCCCAGCAUUCAUCUCAUCAUCCCAUGGGAACAAACACCGCCCCUGGGAACCCUAAACAAAAACCAGUCAACAGAAUCAGUACGGUGGUGUGAAAGGUGGGCAACUUGCCCUGUGCACACUCUGGUUGGCCACUUCAUAAAGAGGGGGCAGUCUGUGGAGGUGUGAACAGCAUGCACGUGGGGAACAGAAGAUGGGGAUCCCCUGCUGUUCUUUCUCCGAUUACUCUUGCACUGCACUUCACCCACCAGACCACAGCUACAGCUGGUGAUGGACUCAUUGAGAGACUUUCUUAGACAUCUGAAGACAAAGAUGACCAUCACUCCUACUAUAAGUGCUGCUCGCCCUCCCUCUUCCUUAGUCUGCAUGAAAAUGCUCUUUCGUGUUGGCCAACAUCUAUUUUCUGAGGCUCCAGGCCCACACCCCCUCUAAAGCCUUGGAGAGGAGCAGUAGUUCAAAGUUAUAGUGAAAGGCGAUAUAAUGGGACAGUGUGCUAUCUCUCAGUUAGGGGGACUGCUGUUGUAAGGUGAUCGUUUUAAUAUUUUGUGAGUAAGUUAAUUGACCUUAUCACUCCAGUGUGUGAGUAUGUAAGUGGAGCGUAUGCUUGUGUGUUUAGGGUGAUUCUCAGACUGGUGGGUGUGAAGCCCAAAUUUGCUGCUAUUGGGGCAUAUGAAUGUGAGAAUGAAGGACAACUGACUCUGAAACAGACGGGGUUACAUGCAUGAGUCUAAUACCAUACAAGCCACUGUUAGAUCUCAAUGAGUGCUCUGGGGUCUCACUCCCAUUUUUGUCCAUACUGGUGCCAUUCAUGCAUUGUUUCCUAUGGGGCUCUGCAUUUUAUGUUGUAAAUGGACAGUUUGACUUUUCCCCUGGGUUCCCCUAUAUUUUAAAGGGUCAGGGUCCAAACCAUUGGAAUUAUGCAGGAAUUAACCCCUCUGCAAUAGUGUUGCAAAUACGUGUGUAUAUAGAAUAGAUGCUAUUAUUAUUCUUGGAGAGCCCAUUAUGCUGUCUUCUCCCUUCCAGUACACAGAGCAGUGUCUGAUUUUCUUUACGAAAAACACUAUAGAGAUCUAUAUAUACAGAGAGAAAGUUCUAUAUUAAUAUAAAUCUAUAUAUAUAGUGUAUAAUCCCUCAUUAUAGGUAGUAAAUCAGCCUUUAUUUUAAGGUUUUUAAGAAAGAUGACGUAAGAAUGUGGGCAAAGAAGAUAGAUUGCCCUACAGACAAUCAUGUUAUACUCUUAGUCCAAUUUCCCAGUAUUGGUAUAUUUUAUUUAUUAUUUUAUCCAACUUCACUCCAAGUCAGUAAUGCAGAAAUCAGCCAUAUUUAAAAGGGUUAUUGUUUGUUAACAUUCUUAAAUCUACUUUGUGUGUUUUUUUUUGUUUUUUUGUUUUUUAUAAGUAAGCUCUGUUCAGAUAAGAGUCUAAAAUCAGUGGGCUAUAUUCACUAAACAGUCAGUUGACCGUAGGCUUAUUGCGUAACAUAGGCCGAAAAAGCAGAUUUUUGCAAUCAGAUUGUCAGUGCGCUGAAAUACAGUCAUCAUUCAAAGUUUAAUUAAAGUUUCAAGUCAAAGUAGACAAAUUUCAAACAUUUUCAAAGUCCGCUAUGCUGGUAUGUUAGCUACUUUGGAGUAAAAUUUCAAAUGCACUUUGAUUCUCCAACAAUUCACACCUUGGUAAAUAACUGAGCAUUUGGUUAAUGAAAUCCCUUUAAAUGUGUAAAUUGGUGUUGCUUGCAUUUGGUGAUAUCACAUGUGUGUUUCCUUAUUAAAAUGAGUUCACCGUCUUGAUUUAUGGGUAAAAAGCUAUGUUUUAAAAUCAUUUCCGGAUUGAGCUACUUAUCGAUUAUUGGAGGGGAUUUACACAGCCAGAAGAAUUAAUUUUAAUUGCAUGCAUUGUCUAAUACAGAUAGAUUUUGCUGAUUUUCCUCAAUUAGAGGUGGGAAGCAUUUCUAUUUAUUUAAACAUUUAGUGAUGAUAAUAUAUACAACAGGAUCCAAUAGGUGCAUCAUCUACAAGCAUGCCCUAUUUAUAUGGAUUGUAUGUUCCCCAUAUGGAUAACACGUGAUCUAAUCAAGGUGAAUUCAGUUCAGUAUGAUUGCUGAAGCAUUUAUAAGGAAAUCUUGAAAGCAGAAUAUUGACAAAUAAUUCGAUAUUAAAACCAUCCUAAUCUGACUUAAUAAAUUCUUAGCAGUUCAAUCAAAUGGCAUAUCUUUUUAAUACAUCUAUUAAUUAUCUCAUGUCUAAACAACAUUUGGGUGCAUAUUCGGUUUUAUUUCAUACUUACGUCAUUGUUAUCUUCUAAUUUGCUUAUUUUUAAUUAUAUUCCGUUUGCAGAAUGCACUGAUCCAGUUAAUCCCUUCACCAUUGACAUAUAAUGCAUAUCAUUAGAGAGAGAAAUACUAACCUCGGCCAAUAGAGGGAGCCCAAGAUUAACUUUCUGGACCACUUUAUACUAAUGGAUAUCAACAAUUGCAAGCAACGUUCUAAUUUUGUACCUUUUUAUCAUAGUAUUGAAUAAUGUCUCCUAUGUAUUUGGACUACAGCUUCCAUAUCAUCAGAAGGACCUGAGGUCCAGAAACCACCAUAAGACCUCCAUUUCUGAGUCCUGCUCUCUUCUAUGACUUAUAUUUCCAUAUUUCUUGAGAUUUAGCAUAUUUGUUUUGAGUUGAAGCAUGUAAUGGCUAUCAAAUUCCAUUUGGUGAAAGGUGGCUUUCUAUAAAUCUCUUAACCCGAAAUGCAUUUGCACUUUUCUCUAAGCACUCCUUCAUGACUUGUAAGCCUAGACCUCUCACAGCAGGGCUGUCGUGGUGUACGUGGAUUUGGCUAAACCCUCUGACGAAGUUAUGCUUUGAAACCAUAGUAAAUGGCAGCCAUAAACCUUAAGUGAAUAAAAGUCAAUGUUUUUAUUGAUAUGUCUUCCUCCGGAAACCCCUGCUGUAUUGAAAUCUAAUGUACUGUUAAGUGAUUAUGGUUGAAAGCAGUCACUUAAAAUCGGAUGCUCCCUGCUCCUUCCCAGCUUUCCCCGUGAAUAGGGAGAGAAAAUAAAAUGGGUAUUUAGGAUCGGUGGGGAUUUUCACAGAAUAUAUCAUACUUUGAGUGGUUUAAAGUAGACAUAUCAUUUUCCCAUACACUGCAUUUUACAGUUUGGCAUACAUUAAAUAAUGCCAUGUGUUGCAAAUAACCAGAUCUUUGAAAAACGACCUUGCUUUUAUGUAGGAGAGAACAGCCAUAUUGUCGCUCUGUAAGCCUAACUAUUAAUCUCCCAUGACUUACUCCCCCCUUUUGGCUGACUUUGAUUGGCUUAGGCAGCUUCUACCGAAUGACCAAAAGGAAGCGCUAAUUAACUGCAUAAGUUUAUUGGUUAAAACGGUAAUGAGUUAAGGGAACCAAAAUCCACAUUCAUUGUGUAAAUUCUCCUUUUUAUUUGUCUUGCAAAACAGUCCAAUUGUUUGGACAGUCGCCAUUAGGCACACACACCCAACUAGCUGUUUAAGGGCUUCUGUUCAUAUAGACACUCCUCUGGUUAGACAUAGUAAGUGCCAUAACUGUAUCCCAAUACAUUGAUUAUACGGCUUGACCCCCACCAGUUCUUGUCAAACUACGUCUCCUAAAGUAGUUGUUAGGGAAUCCUGGGGAAUAUAGUCCAAUCAACAGUGGGAGAACCAGCGUUUGAACCCUCCUAAUUUUAUAUACGAUUAAGUUUUUAGUUAAUAAAUUAACUAAAAACUUCCUUUUAUAAACACUGGUAUCAACUCCAUUUAAAAUUCUCUAAAUUUAAAACAAGUCACUAUGUGGGAGUGUUUUUAGAUUGCACAAGGUUUUGUUUGCAAUUUGAAAAAUUUAGUUCUCUAAUCAUCAGUUGCGGUUGACCUUACGCAGGUCUUUUUCUAAUUUUGGAAAAAGAUCUCUUUUAAAAAAAUAAAUCAAUUAUUUACCAUUUCUUCACAGUUAAAACCAGUUUAAAACCGAUUAACAUGCUAGUUUUUUUUUUGGGAGAAGAUGAGCCUUUAAAACCCUUACACUAUCACUGCUAACAAUAUCCAUGCAUUGUAUACUAUUUUGGGAAUGUCUUGUCCCCCAACUGCAUCUGUUUCAAGGGAAUGAAGUUCUUGUAUCCCAUCUACUAUACCAUUUUUUUAUUAUUAUAAUUAUUUUAUAGCCCCCAAUCAGGUCCAUUUUAUUAUAAUUAUUAUUAUUUAUGGCUUCUGCCCCUUGUAUGCUCCUAGCAUGCUUGUGGUGUGCUGCUUGCAAGCACAACACUGCUGUACAGACCUGGAUGUGUGUAUAGAAUAUAUAUGAUAAAUAUUUCCUAUGGAAUGAUUAUCCAGCCUGUGCCGCGUGGGGUGGGAGAGGGGAUUUGGGGGAAGUAUGGGGUUAACUUUCUGGGGGACAGGUAUCUUGUCCUUAAAUUUCUUUUGUUUGUUUAUUUUUGGACUGUUCCAACUCCCAGUUCACGGGGUGGUUUAUUUUUGGGGAGGGAG